AAAGAAUAACAGGGGGGAAAAAAACAAUGUUUCUUCUGUUCUCAGGACUUCAGUCUUGAGAGCAGAGGGUGGGCUACACAGCAGUGACGUACUUGGAGAUAAAAAAAAAAAAUCUGGCCUUUUUCCAUUGUGCCAUUAGCUGCAAGCUGGGAAUAUUAAGACAAAUCAAACAGUUCAUCUAACAGAACUAUGUUCACUAUUGAGCCAAUGAAGAAAUGGUUAACCAAGAUCACACAUAUAUUUGCACGGCAGAUGGAAACCCUUAAACCAGCAAGGCACUUGGAGAUAGCUUCUGUUCUCUAUUCUACAAACUUCAGCACUAGAGAUGACAUAAAAAGCAACAUUCCUCGCUACAAGCCAAAUCAUUUUGAUAAGAAAUUACUUAAAUGGACUGGAAGAUACAAGUCAAUAGACGACAUUCCACCAACAAUUCCGUUGGAAAUGCUGGUCAAAGCUCGGAACAAGGCACGCAUUCAAGCAUGUUACCUUAUGAUUGCCAUCACUGUCGUCGCUUGCUUUGCUGUGAUUGCAUCCGGGAAAAAGGCUGCUGCACGCCAUGAGUCACUAACCAGUCUGAACCUAGCAAAGAAAGAAAAGUGGCGUAAAGAAUCAGAAAAUAAACCCUAACUUAGAUCCUAUUUACCAGAUCCUGCUAAAUAGAUUGGAAUUAAGCAUAUCACUUACAGUUCAGCUUUUAUAGUCGUAUUCAAACGAUAAAGACAUUCUCUUUGCAUAUUUGCAGUCAAUGUUUCGAUAGGCAUAUGUACUCUAAGAAUAUACAUUUGUAGACAAUAUUAAACUGUAU